UGGAAGUAUUCUGACAGCUUUACCAGCAUGGGUACCGGCAGAAGAUGCUCCGGUUCAGAAAAGAUAUCAUUCAUCUGCGCUAAAGAAAUCAGGCCCUUUCAAGAGACAACGCGGAAGGCCCUCUUUGAGAUGUUACACAAAAAUGACCAUCGAUAACUACAAGACGUUAUCAGCACCGGAAAGAUCUCAGGCGCCGCUGUAUCAGAGUAUCAGGGAUGGCUUCGACACAGGGGAAAUCAACGGACCCAGCAAGCUGCAGGGCACAAAGCGGCGCAAGAGAUCUCCGGCGCCAUCUGGAAUAGGCUCCCUUGCUGUGUCUUGCGGCAUCAAACCUGCAUCAUUUCGAAACACCACGAAGAGUACGAGAAUGCGCGAGAGAUUUGUCAUCGAUCCUGAUCUACAAGGAAAUAACAGAGCCAAGACUCCGACUACAGCUGUCGAUGCACAGGUGAUGCCAGAGUCUUCAGGACAGGCCACUCCGAAUAAUUCCCACCACACCGAGAGGCAUACUGUCAGAGGGAAUUUGGGAAGCCCAAGAGUGUUGCCAUCCCUGCGCACCAUAGAAGUAUUACCAAUGCGCAGAGUAUCGGGCCACUGUUCCGAUAACGUAUUCAUCUUAUCUGAUCUUGUUGAAGAAACCGAUCACGCAAGAUGCGCCACACUAGACUCGAACCGAGCGAGCACAUUCUCUCGUGAUGAUUCUCACGUAGGCGCCUCGAGCAUCUUGCGGAAAGCUUCAAGUAAAGCGCUGGUGGACGAUGUGCUUCUCAACAAGCGGCUGGCAGAAACAGAGAGUACAUCACCAACCGAUACCACGAGUAAGAUGAAGCCAGGCGCUGAACGCAAAACCUCCUUUGGCCCCGUGAGCACCGGGGAAACACUUGUCAACAGCGAAACUUCAGACGCUUCACUACUGGCUGGAACUGUGCUACAGGGAGGACCGGCUACGUGGGCUGUUGUAUUCGCAGACCUCAGACCUCGUCCCGUCGGAACCAUGUCCCGCGAGAACAGAGGUGUGGAAAGCCAACACUCGCCGUGCCUGGGUACGAUUUAGCAGCAUAAUAGAGAUGUGGUUAUGCAUGCGAAUUUCAGGAGUG